UCUCUGUGCUCGGCUGCCCUGCUGGCGCUGCAGGAUGCACCUCACGCACCCGCUGGAGCUGUUCCCCGAUCGCAGCGUCACGCUGCUCCUCUUCAACCGCGUGCAGAACGCCGCUGCCCUGCGGAAGAAGGCCAUGGAGGGGUCCAUCGAAGGAGCGCUGAUAAAUCCUACCAUGAUUGUUGAUCCUUUUCAAAUUCUUGUGGCAGCCAACAAAGCGGUUCAUCUACACAAGAUAGGUAAAAUGAAAACCAGAACUCUCAAUGCAGAAAUUAUCUUCAACCUUUCACCAAACAACAAUAUUUCAGAUGCAUUUAAAAAGUUUGGCAUUUCAGACAGUGACACAGCAGUACUCAUUGUUUUGGUUGUAGACAGAGAAAAAAUGGUAAACCUGGAAGAUAUAGCAUCUCAGGUAGAAGGCCAGCAGGUCCCUCUAGAUGAGCUUCCUCAGCUAACAGACACUGCCAAAAUUAAAAAGAUAUACAAGAUUACUCCUCAGGAAGAAGAAAUUGGCACCUUAUUAGAUGGUAUUAUUUGCAGGAUCUCAACAAAAGAUGUUUAAUGAAAAUGUGGAAAUAAAUAUUUUUUGAUGUAAAAAGAGGUCUUUUUAAGAUAUAAAAACAUUUCACUGCAAUUUAUCCUGCAUCUCAAAGAAUGUGGUGUGGUAACAAGCUGCUUGGUGACAUCUGAGCUUUAACCAGAAAUGGAGGAGCUUUAAUGUAGGGGUAAUCUAAACUGUAUUCUCUGCACAGAGAGCAGUUCGGCUGUGCUUAGCAGAAUUUGCCAUAGCCAUAUCAGUCAUUUUCUGAGCAAGAAGAAACAAAUUUUGCCAGUUCAUUGAGCUGAUAAUAAACAGAAGGCUUGGAAAGCUGUA